CAAAUCAUAUCUCUCUGUGAAUCCCCUUCUUCCACCACAUCACAUCACAUCACUCUUUCUCCCCGCGCCCCCCUAUCUCUUUCCGUGUGCUCUAAAUUAGGGUUUCCUACGUAUUCAACUGUUUCCUGUGUCUUUCUCUCUCUCUCUGAAACCCUCUGUGAUUCAAUGCCUGCAAAUCUCUUACUGGGAUUCCGUAGCCAGUGCCGAACUGCUCUAUUUAGAGGGCUGUUUUGGCGUGCCUCUGGAGUUUUCUUCUCUGUCGCGUUCGACUGAAUCGACUCGGUUAUCCUGAUUUGAUUGUUCAGGGCUCGAGUCUCUGAUGGCGCCCAGCCGAAGGAAGGGGGUUAGCAAAGCAGCCGCGGCAGCUGCGGCGCGCCGGCAAUGGAAGGUCGGUGAUCUCGUACUCGCCAAAGUUAAAGGGUUUCCUGCGUGGCCUGCCAAGGUAGGGGAGCCAAAGAGUUUGGGUUUUGCAGCUGAUUGGAAAAAAGUAGUCGUCCACUUCUUUGGCACCAAGCCGGAACAGAUAGGCUUUUGCAAUCCUGCUGAUGUUGAAGAAUUUACUGAAGAGAAGAAGCACUCUCUUUUGGUCAAACGUCAUGGCAGGAGUUCUGAUUUUCUACGGGCAGUACAAGAGAUCAUUGAUAGUUAUGAGAAUAUAAAGAAGCAGGUCCAAGUCAACACUUUGAACUCUGGUGAUCAAGUGACACCAGUAAAUGGCGGGGAUUCAGUUGAUUUAUCGGUCAAUAUUAGAGCAAAUGAUCAGACAGAAGCUCCUGAAGUGACUCUUAAUUCCGAGUUAAAAACUUCUUAUUCUACUACAUAUGAAAAUGAGCCAUGUCUUCCAAUUGAGGAUACCUUGGAUCAAACACCUACCCUUAUUGUACUUAAUAAAGCAGCCUUAGAGGAGGAAUCUACCGAUACCGUGGUGGGUACAGAAACACCUUUGUUGAGUACUUACUCUUCAAAGAAAAGAUCUAGUCUCUCACAAGCACAGAGCUGUGUUACACAAAUAAAGGCUCAAAGGUCUAGAAGCUCAUCAAGGCUGGAAUCCCGUCGAUCACGAAGCUUCAUGAUGCCAUGUAAGGAUGAUGGAAAGACUGCUGGAGAAAUAUUAGCUAAUGUAGUUCGAGAUGGUUCUUUAAGAAGUAAUAAGAGAAUCAGAAAAUCACCAAAUGUGUGUGAGUCUGCUGCUGUUGAUUCUGCUGCACAUGUUUCAUAUGGUAGCAUUGAAGAAAAUGGCUCUGAAGUUGUCACAGUUGACUCCGACACCUUUAGUCUAAAUGAAGGCAGUACUAUAGAGUCUGGUUGUAAACUUGAGCACUCUGACACGGUUGUUGAAUGUUUGGAUGGAGAUGUUGAGUUGAGCAAGGGGCUUGAUCUCCAAAUAAAGUCAGUUUUCAUUAAGAAGAAAAGGAAACCAAACAGAAAGCGAGUAACCAAUGGUACAGCUGGGCCUCCGGUUACAUUGGACAAGGAGAUAGGUUUGGAGGUUGAGCUGCAGAAUGCUAGUCUAAAUUCGCAAGGAGGUGGACAGGUGAAGGAAGGUUGCUCAAAGGAUGAUGGAGAUGAGCACCUGCCUUUGGUGAAACGAGCAAGGGUCCGGAUGGGAAAAUCAUCUUCUGUGGAGGAGCUCAGUAGCUGUUCACACACAGAAGAGAAGACUAUGAAGGAAGCUAAAGUUAGUCUAUCAAGGCAGAUUAGCAUGGAUAUAAAAGUUGAAAACAAUAGUUUUGCUGGUAGAGAAUCACUUGUGGCCAAUGAACCUCUGGAUAAUAUGUUGUCAACUUCAAAACAUUGCACCCAUGAUUCGACAAAUAGAACUGAGUCUUGGAGAGGCAGGAAUGAACAAUCAUUUGGCUGCUCAGUAGAUGGUGAAGCUGCUUUACCUCCAUCUAAACGCCUUCAUCGUGCUCUGGAAGCCAUGUCGGCUAAUGCUGCUGAAGACGGUCAAGCAUGUGAUGAAGCAUCACCAACCUUGAAGACUCUAGUUGGUGGGUGUUGUAGUUCCUCUAUGAAGAGAAGCCCUCAUAUGGCUGUGGAAAGCAAAGUAGGGAAUGGUCUGGGUUCGUUGAGUACGGAAUCUCUUGACAUUGUUUCUACUCAGGUCAGUGAUUCUGGAUUCUCUACGAGCCUAAAUCCAAUUAUCUCAGAGGAAAGUGUUAAAUCAUCAAUGAAGGUGGACUUUUGCAAUCAAGCUGUGGAUAUUUUUAAGACCAAAAAUUAUGAGGUUUCCAAGGAUGUCUUCCCUGAUGCCAGAGAGCACCAUAUUGAUGCUAUAAAUAUUUCUAAUUCUUUUGGUGGUCACGCGGUUAGAACUGCAGAUCCAACUCAAAUCCCAGGAUAUUUGUCUGAUAACCUUGAUAAAAGACAGGUUAAUCCUUUAUGCCAUGAAGCCUCAUCAGAUACUUUGUCACCUCCAAAGGAUGGAGAUACGAAAAAUAUUGAGUCGAGCAAUUGUGAACCCAGAAUUUCUGAUAAAGAGGUUAAUGCUUCAGAAAACAAUGGGAUUAGUUUGAGUCUUGUCUCCUGCUCCAAUGAGAUUGUUAAAACUUCACCUAGAAACAGUACCAUUGGGCUUCAGUGCAGUGUGGAGGGUGUUGGUUGUGAGGAUAACAAGCGUUUGGAGCCUAUACUGGAUGACAAAAGUGAAGUAAAGGGCAUGUGUGAUGAUGUGAAAGCAGUAAAAAAUUAUACACAGGAGGGUCCAAGUUCUAAUUGUUUUUCAGAUGAUCGCUUUGGUGAAAAGGAUGUCUCUGGUGUUAGGUCAAGUCCAUCUACAGAUGCUGGAGAUUCUCUUGCUCAAGCUUCUCCUCCCCAUACCUCAAACUACCAGAUUUCUACUUCAGAUAGUAGUAAUUUUGUUCGCAAUAAUGGCAGUUGUAGUCCUGAUGUGAAUUUGCACUACAAGAAAAUUUUUUCUGCUUCACUUGGUGAUGAAGAAGAGAAAAUAGAAUCGUUGACGACUCAAAGACCAAAAUCUGUAGGCAAGCAUGGAGAAGCACAUAUUGCACUUUCAUCAUUUGAGGUAAUGCUUGGAACAUUGACAAGGAUGAAGGAGAGCAUUGGUCGAGCAACCCGCAUAGCUAUUGACUGUGCAAAGUUUGGUGUGGCUGCUAAGGUGGUGGAAAUUCUUGUCCUUAAUUUGGAGACAGAGUCAAGCUUACAUCGAAGAGUGGACUUAUUCUUCCUUGUAGAUUCUAUUACACAAUGCUCUCGAAGUUUGAAAGGUGAUGUUGGUGGUAUUUACCCUUCUGCUUUCCAAGCAGUGCUGCCACGCUUAUUGUCAGCUGCCGCUCCUCCUGGAAAUAUGGCUCAUGAAAAUCGCAAGCAGUGUCUUAGGGUUUUGAGACUUUGGUUGGAAAGGAAGAUUCUUCCAGAAUCCAUUGUACGUCACCAUUUGCGAGAAUUGGAAUCUCUUAGCAGUUCAUCAUCUGCUGGUCCCUACUCUCGGCGCUCUUCAAGGACAGAAAGGGCUUUAGAUGAUCCUGUUCGAGAAAUGGAGGGUAUGCUUGUCGACGAAUAUGGAAGCAAUUCAAGCUUUCAGCUUCCCGGGUUUUGUAUGCCCCGUAUGCUUAAGGAUGACAAUGAAGGAAGUGAUUCUGAUGGAGAACGUUUUGAGGCGGUCACUCCCGAGCAUAAUUUUGAAUCCCAUGAAGAACGUGAAUCAAUCCCUGCAAUUGAAAAACAUAGACAUAUCUUGGAAGAAGUUGAUGGUGAGCUUGAAAUGGAAGAUGUGGCUCCUGCUUGUGAAGUCGAAACAAGUUCGUCUUACCAUGUUGCUGAAGUCAUUGCUGUACAGACUUUGCAUGAUCCGUGUGACCAGCAUGUUCCACUGCCCUUUGCUCCCCCACUACCUCAGGAUUUGCCGCCUUCAUCGCCACCAUUACCGUCGUCCCCUCCACCUCCACCUCCACCGCCUCCUCCGCCCCCUAUCCCCCCUCCAUCUGUUAUGUCUGAUCCCUAUACCAGUGGCGCUGAUUCACAGCUUUACAUGGAGACACAUAAUAUGCGAGACAACUUAGUCCAAUCUGGGUCUCUGCAACCUGUUCCACCAAGAGUUGAUCAAACAAUACGUUAUUGUUCUCCUGAUUUUAGAGAUCCUCAAAUGCAGAUGCCUGAGUCCACCUCUUGCUCUUUCAGCAAUUUUUCUAUACAACCAGUGAAUAAUGGUCGACAAACUAAUGGUGAUACCUUGUGUGAUAAGGGCUACACUGUACAUCCACCUCAUCCUGCACCAUCAAAUCAGUUUUCUUAUUUUCAAGGAGACCAGCGUGUAAGGCCUCGGAGGGAUGACCUGCCGCCUUCCUACUCCAACAGAUUCCAUGUGCAGAAUUUUGAUAGAGAAAAUUCAUAUAAUAACCAUGAGAGAACGAAACCGCCCCUGCAUGAGCUUCAUGAGCGCUGGAGGUUUGCUGCACCUCCUUUUUCUGGUCCAAGAUAUCCUGACAAAGGCAAAAUGUCUUAUGCACCUGCUCCAUUUGAUGGUCCUCUAUGUGAGCCCACAGGACUGCCAGGCCAAGGAUGGAGAUUUCCCCCUCGGACAAUGAACCACAGAAAUGCCAUACCUUUUAGACCUCCAUUUGAUGGUCCAAUUCCAGUGGCAGGUAGAGGUCCAAGCUUUUGGCAGCCAAGAUGAAAUUUGAUCUAGCUACUGAGACUGGUAUGCCAUUGUCAUAUCUCCAUCUCUGUGACUAAUGUUACAUAGGAGUGCUCACAUUCUGGUCAUAGCUGUUAGGCAUGACCCAUUUUUUAUCUGGGUUGUCGGAUCGCCCGAAAGCCUUCAUCAUUUACUUUACUACAAGGCAGAGAUCUUCAGAAGAGGGUUUAGUACAGAAGAAUGGCAUGUUGGCAUGCUCAAUAUGUAUAUAAUGUAAACUGUUCUCCCUUCUGCAAAUGCAGAGCAGAAGACGGUCAUUGUAGAGACUUUGGAGAGCUGUAACAUACUAUAGGCAGUCAUUUUUCUUUUGUUUUUUUGUUUUUUUCCCCAUCCUAUUCAAAAUUUAUAGCUAUUUUUUUUUUUUUCUUGGAAGCCCGUCAUAGGAAUUUUAUCAAUAUAUAAUUUUGGGCCAGUUGCAAAAUACCCAAAAAAAUUUCCUUUUUCUGCAAUUAGUACUAAUUUCUUACACUGAGGUA